CACGCACACUAUAGAGUCGUGUUGGAUAUCGCUGGCUACAGCCUACCCCAUCUUCAGAGCUCGAAGGAGCUUCUUCGCAGUACCCGCGACGUUCUCGAUGCAAUGAUGGAUGCCUACAAAAAGGCCAAGAAGAUCCACCGCGAUCUAAGUGCAAGAAACAUUGUAUUGUUUAGGAAGCCUGGCGAGGAUAGAAGAACCGGAUAUCUAAUAGAUUGGGAGUUCUGCUGCGACGUCAACCGUGCUCCAGGGGGCCGCGAAUGGCUCAUCACGGGUACCUGGCAGUUCAUGUCAGUGAACGUCCUGACUACCUCCAACUAUAGGCACGUUAUUCAGGACGACAUGGAGUCUUUACUCUAUGUAGUCCUCUACUGCGCUGCCCGAUGGCUGAAUCAU